GGUCGCCAAGGGCAACUGGAGAGAGAGAGAGGAAAAUUGUGGAUGAGGCUCCUCCAGCCGUUGGCCGACUGUCAGUUCCAUUUGCGACGUCGUCCAAGAUCCAUUGUCUCACAUUCUCUCCUCUCUCUCCUCUCUCUCUCUCUCCUUUUCCUAUUUAUUUCCCCCUUUGGCACUUUGAUUCGAGAGAGGAAUAACCAGUCCAAGGCGUACAUUACCUCUCCAACGCAACGCAGAGCAAAAAGCAGUCGGUUUGUUGUCUUCUGUACCCGACCCGAAAACAAAUCUCGGCCCGUCGAAAUUCCAUUGGCGAAUCAGAGCCGAGACGAUGGCCGACGAGACUUCGUCCGCCUCAUCGGCUUUCUCGCCGCUUUCCGGUGGCUAUUUGCUGAUCGUCCUCAGUGAGCCGCACAGCGAACAGCACAAGCAAGUCCUACUAGAACAUCUCGCCAAAGGACUGGCCUCGUGGGACAGCGUCGGAACGCAGAUCGAUAUCGAGUCGGAGCUCCGCAACAUCGCGACCCAAUGCCCCAACGGCGAAGAAGUCAGGAACGGAGAGAAACUGAUCCAGUUGGCUUCCGACUCGCUCGUCACUGAGAUCCUCAUCCAGCCGCAGUUGAGCACGCUCAAGCAGUGCAUGCGCAAUCUUCUGGCCUCGUUCACGCGCCAUCGGCACGUUAUUCACGCCGGCUACACAUUGUCAGGACCUGGAUCCUGGAUUUUACAAGAUGGAACCUACGAUUUUGGCGACUUUAUGCACAUCGUGCAAGACCCCGAAAUCCAGCGGCUCUAUCGAGCCUACGAAUCGAGCAUCACGAUGGACCUUCACUGCGCCGACGAGGGUCAAUGGAGCGCCGAGCAGAUCAAUCAGGAUCCUGCCAUCAAAGCCGCCAAGAUAUCCAUCAACCCGCCCGGUCGAUUGAGCGCCGCCGAGUCGCAGAGCCAACAAGACGCCGUCAAUUCUUUUAUCCGAUACAUUUCCGAUAUUCUGCCGUCGGUGACGUUGGAUCAUCUCCUGGAGCCAUCCGACGUCGUUGGCAACAUCCGGUUCAAUCACCCGACCCUCUACGUCUUCCCAGGCGGACAGGGAGACUCUGCCCUCUUCGGCAUCAGCGGAUUCAACAUUCUCGUCGAUGGAGGAUUCGGACGCAAGCCCUGCUUCUGGGAUUUCACCCGACACUUGGACCGGCUCGACGCGGUCGUCAUGACACGGAGCAAUGCCAGCUCUCUCAGCGGCCUGACGGGGGCCAUCUGCCGCAAAGCCGCCAGCCCCGUCUACCCGCAAAUGGGUCACAUCUUCUGCAAUUUGCCACGGGACGGUGAAGUUGACCUCGGUGACAUUGACCAGCAGAUCAAUGCGGCCGACUCUACUUCCGAAUCGCUCACUGUCAACAUCAAUGAUCUAUGCCGGGCCAUGUCGGCCGGCCUUGGAGCUUUACAGCUCAAAGCACAGCCAAUCUAUCGCUCUGCCACUCUGGAGCCCAUCAAUCUCUACCACAAGGUGGGGCACGGAACACUUGACAUGUUCAUCGUCAGUCCCAGCGCCAACAGUCCCGAGGUCAAGGAGCUCAUGCGUCUCUGGCGUUCUGGAGACGUUUCGACGGCUUUCCGGACCAUCAAAAUGGGCGGCAAAGAAUUCCGCAUUCCGCUGCUGGACAUUGUCUCGGUUUGCGCCCUGCUGGUGUGGCAGCCGGCCGAUCCCAACGAGCCCGUCACUCGCCUCCUGUUCCCAGGCAGUGCUCCUCAACACAAGAUCCUCGAAGGGCUGGAAAAGUUCCGUCAAUUGGAAUUCCUCAAGUCGCCCGUUUUCAUGGCCAAAGAUGUGGCCGCUCCGCCGUCCGCCGUCAUCACUCCGUCAUCCACGUCCAGCGCUUUCACCAAGAGCCCAGUCAAGACGAAGAGCACUUCGUCGCCUCGUCACACCCCAAUUGAACCAGUUCCUGUCAAAGUUUCGGCCGUCCGCAAGGAAGUGAGCAGCAAGCCGCCGCCCAAAGCGGCUGAUCAUUCCGGCAGCAAUGCCAAUUCCAAAGAGGCGGAUGCCAAGCCACGUCCGGCUCCUAAAGUCAUCAAGGCUGAUGUUCUGAGCAGCUCGUCGAGAACGGGCAGCACCGAACUGCGCGCCAAGAAAGCGGAAGCCAAGCCAACGACAGCAGCGCCCAUCAAAUCAACGACGACGACGACAGCGGCUAAGAAAGAGACGGCCAUGUCCGUCAACGGCGAGUCCAAUAAAACGCUGGCACCCAAAAUCAAAAAGGAUGUGGCCAACAUGAAAAUGGUCGAGGCCAGAGUUCACUCGUUCAAGAGUCCGGCUUCGUUGAAACGGGCCGAAGAGAUCACCAAGAAUAAAAAACCCGGCGAUGACAAGGACAUAAAAGACAAGGUUCAAAGAAGUCAGAGCCAAUCCCGCGAGAAACGCUCGGCUUCCAGCGUUCGGGGACAGCCAGCAGAUGAAGACAAGACGAGGGUUAAACUGGUCAAGAAGAUUGCUCCUUCGACAACGGAGGCGACGCCGGUCAGCCCUGCCAAAACGAUGACCAAACCCAUCAAGGCCAAGCCCAAGGAGACGAGCAAACCAGCCGAACCCAAAGCUCCCGUCGCCAAGGAGCCGUUAAAGAAAGACAAGCCAGCGGCUCCUAAACCUAAACCCGCAGCAGCUAAAGAGACUCCUAAACCGGCUCCCAAGGCCCCGGCCGCUUCAUCGUCGUCGUCGACUCCAUCAGGCAAAGCUGUCAAGCGACCAGUGAAAGCUGCCGCUGCUGCUGCUGCUACUGUCGUUGGAGCUGCUGCAGCUGUUGUCGCUGUGGCGGCUGUCACCACGGAGGAACAGCCAACUGAAGAGCAGCCGGCCGUUGUCGAAGAGGAUUUCAACGCGGUCGAGGCCCCUCAGGCGGCCAGCUCACCAAAACAAGACACACCGACCGAAGAUGGAGGCCAAGUGCCGGAUGAAACGAGCGUUCUGGAAGCGAUUGAGAGCCAGAUUUUGGAGGAUGUAGAAGCGGUCGAACAGCAGUCGCAACACGAUUCUGAACCAGAUCCUGCCAACGCGGAAGAUGAGGUCGAAGAAAAAGAGGAAGAACAAGCCGAAGAACAAGCCGAAGAGCAAGCCGAAGGCUCAGUCGCCGGAGAAGUCGCUGAUGCGGAUGAGGCGGAGGAGAGCGCCGAAAAAGAUGAGGAGGAGGUAGUGGAAGCCGAUGAGGAAGAAAUCGCCCAAGUGGAAGAUGGCGGAGAUGAAGGGGUCGGAUCUGAGGAGCCCGAAGUUGCUGACGCGGUUAUCUCCGAAGAAGUUGUCCAGACGGAAGAUGCUGAAGCGGACGCCGAGACAGAAGAUGCCGAAGUAGCCGUGACGGAUGAAGUUGUGGAGGAAGUCGCCGAGGAAGUCGCCGAGGAAGUCGCCGAGGAAGUUAAAGAAAAAACAGAUGACGAGGAAGUUAAAGAGAAAACAGAUGACGAGGAAGAAACCGUCCCAGAAACUGUUGAACCGGAAGAAUGCGACGAAAAAUCAGCCAACGAUAAGGAACCGGAAGAAGUAGCUGACGUCGAAGAAAAUGGAAAACCUGACGACGUUGUAGAUGUCCAAGACGAAGAAGAGGUGGCCAAUGAAGCCGAAGAACGAUCGAUCGAUAACGAAGUUGCGGUGGACGUCGCUCAGGUUGACCAACGAUCCAACGAUCAAGAUGACAACCUCGAGACGGACGAAUGCCCAGAACCGGUGGAAGAGGAAGAAAUUCAGCCGGCUGUCUCGUCCACAUCGGUCGACGCUGGCAGACCCAAAUCAGCCUCUCCACAGCCGGUUGCAUCCGGAGAUGAGAUGGCCAACGUGAGCGAAAAUGACAUAAUCGAUCAAAUUGAACAAAGUCACAACUUGGAUGCUACCCAACAAGAAAGUCCAAAGGAACAAGUCGAAGAGUUGCAAGAACCCAGUGAAGAGAAAGAAGUUGCAGAUAAAAAGGAUGAAAAUGUCGAAGAUGACAAAGUCGAAGAAAAAGAUGAAAAUGUCAUCGAAGACCAACACGAAGAAAUCGCCACAACCUCGCCAGAGCCGGUGGAAGAAGAAAUUCAGCCCGCCGUCUCAUCCCAAUCGGUGGAAACUAGCAAACCUCUUUCUCCUUCUCCACAGCCACAACCCGAAGAACAUCAAGACGACGACGUCGAAGAUGUUGACAGGGAGAAAGAAGUGGAAGAAGAGGAAAAAGUCUACCAGGAAGAGAGCUCCUUAGAACAUCAGACCAUUGACAAAGAACUCGACGAAGAAAAAGACAAAGAAGAAGAUCACAAACAACCGGAUGUGGUCGCCUCUCAGUUGUCUGGCCCAUGCGAUAGCUCUACCACUGAAGAGAUUCAAUCCAAAGAAAGCGCUGACGUUGUCUCUGAAAAAGUAGACAAUGUCGAAAAAGAAGAAGAAAUCGAUGACCAACAUGUUGAUGACCAACAUGAUAUUGAAAAACGCCAAUCACAUGAAUUGACUGUGGAGAGCACGGGCCACCAAGAGGAUGCCCUUUCAUCUCUCUCUUCCCUUUCCGACCUAGAACCAACGCCCGUCCUUGAUCGUUCCGGCGCUAGUCUCUAUGAAGAAGAACAGCAGCUAUCUUCGAUGGAAUCCCAACCGGAAUCUCAUCAAUUCACACAAAAGUCCGCCCCACAGAUGGAGGAGUCUUCUCCCAAAGAUAUGCAACAGACUACCAAGUCGUCGUCCUUAGCAGUGGUUGACGAUGAAUCUUCCGGCCCAUCGUCAGUUGAAGUCGAAGAAGAAUUCAAAGCAGAAAUCGUCGUUCGACCCGUUCCUAUUUCCGUCCCGUUAGACGUGGUCGAUUUUGUAGCUCCACAUCAACCAGCACCUAGCCCUCCUGUAGUCAAAUCUCCAGUCAAAGAAAUUCCUACCCCUCUGGUGCUGGACGAAGAGGACGAUGGUGUGGAAGUAGAGGAGGAAGCCUUCCAGCAGGAAAUCAAAACCAAAGAUAGUGCCGUGCCCAUCACUCCCGUCGAAGAAGAUCAGGGCGCUUCUUCUUUCAGCUACGAGGAGCCGCAAGGACAGAGUGAGGAUCGACAGCUUCCAUCCAGCCAAUUCAACUCGGAUAAGAAAGAAGAAUCAGCAGUUGACGGUACUGCAGUCUCCCGUUCCAAAGAGGCCGAAGCGGAGGAAUUCCGUGCCUCCAUCGACAACCAGUACGGUGAUUUCAUGAAAACCCCAGCCACUGAGGAAAAGUCCAAACAGAAGACGCCAGAGGAGAAACCUUCGACAGAAACGACCGUUGAGAAAAAACAGCCAGAAGAGAAAUGUGAGGCGGCCGUAGAGAAGAAAACCGAAGAAAAGAUUUCUUCUCCACUAGAAGCGAAAUGCGCUGCUGUUGAAGAAAAGAAGAGCGAGGAAGUCAAGAAAACCACUCCCGAAGUCAAACCCGCCGAGAAGGAGGAGGAGGAGGAGGUUGAAGAAGAAAUCGUUUCCAAGGUAGUAGACAACAAAUCCGUCAAAGCUGAAAAGGUCGAAGAAUCCAGCGUUAAAGAAAUCGCCAAAUCGCCUGAAACGAAGCCAUUGGAUGAAUCUGAUAUCCUUGAGAUGAUUGUGGGAGAUAUCGUGACCGAAAAGGUUGAAGUCUCGACGACGGACGACAAGUCUGUUAAAGUUUCUGUUGACUUGGAAGCUGAAGUUGUCAAAACCAGCGAGCACAUCGUUGAAAGUUUCCAAGCGGUUGACUCUGAAUCAACUCAAUCGACAAAAGACGCCGAUUCUCAUGAAAGUUUCCUGGAUAAAGUCAAAAACUUUGUCGAGGAUGUUAAAAGUUCUUUCGUAGAAGAUGUCAAAGUGUCCAAAAUGGAUACAAAGCCAGUGGAAUCGCAGGAGAAAGAGAAAGUCUCGUUGGAAGAGACCAAAGAAGUGUUUAAGAAGGAAGAACUUUCCAUUGCAGUCCACGACGAAGCCCAUCCAACUGAAUAUAUUGAAAAGAAAGACGUUAAGGAUUCCAUCCCAGAGGUUCCUAUUCAAACUACAGAUACCAAAUCAGUCAAAGUCGACGAAGUUGAAGUACCGCAAGUUUCGGGAAAAGAGAAAGGCUUCAUUGAAGAGGUGGUUCAGAAGAUCUGCUCAGUCGAACUGGUUGAAAAGGUUAGUGAAUGCCUUACCAAAGAGAAGGAGCCUACUGGAAUGGCAGCCAAGGAGGAAGAAGAGGAGUCUGUUCCAGUGUUUGAAAAAUGCGAGAAAUACGGAAAGACUGAAAAAGAUGUCUUAGCUGUAGUCGAGCCCAUCCUACAGGCAACUACUGAAACUGUUGUUUUAUCAGCGGAAGUGAAAUCCCAGCGAUCCUCUACUUCUGAAGCAGCUCCAUUGGAACUCGAGUUGGAUAUUCCCGAGAGAAAGCUUUCCAAUGUUUCGGCAUCGUCGAUCACUUCAGUGGAAAAGGACGCGAUAGUGGAAGCAGUGGUGUCUGAAAUUAAAACAACAGUUAGCGAAUCUGAAAAGAAGAUGGCGAAUAUUGAGUCUGAAAUUAAGUCGGCAACUAUUGAGACUGAAAUCAAGUUGGCAGCUAUUGAGGCUGAAAUUAAAUCGGUAUCCACUGAGGUUGAAAUUAAGUCGGAAACUAUUCAGGCUGAAAUUAAGUCGACAACUAUUGAGACUGAAAUUAAAUUGGCAGCUAUUGAGACUGAAAUUAAAUCGGCAUCCACUGAGGCUGAAAUUAAGUCGGCAACUAUUGAGUCUGACAUUAAAUCGGUAGCUAGUGAACCAGUCACAGAUACUACCGACCUCGUAUUCGUUGCUCCGGUCACUGCCAGCUCACCCAUCGAUGGACCAGAACUUCUGAAAGAACUCACGUUCCCACAAGGAUUGCCAUCCAAAUCGGAAACUGACUCCUCUCUUAACUCUCUAGUAGAUGAGAUCAAAGAAACCAUUCAAGAUGUCAAAGUGUCACUUACUGAAUCAACAACCAAAUCGGAAACCGACAGCACUCCAUCCAAAGACAAAGUAGAGGAUGUUAAACAAAUCCUCGCUGACGUCAAAGAGACAUUCAAACUUGAAUCCGACAAUUCGUCUAAAUCUCAAGUGGAGGAGAUCAAAGAAAUUAUUCAUGCUGAUGUAAAGGCUACUCUAGAAUCGGCGCCAAAAUCUGAAACUGUUUGCCACUCCGAAGACGAAGAAGUCAGAGAAACCGUUGCAGAUGUCAGAAAGGCAUCCCUUGAAAUGACAUUUGAUGCUGACUUAGCCAAACCUAAAAUGGAGGAGGUCAAAGAAAUAAUUUCGGAUGCAAGAAAUGCAUCCCUUGAAAUGACAUUUGAUGCUGAUUUAACCAAACCUAAAAUGGAGGAGGUCAAAGAAGUCAUUUCGGAUUUAAGGAAGGCAUCCCUUGAAAUGACACUCGAUGCUGAUUUAACCAAACUAAAAGUGGAAGAGGCCAAAGAAGUAAUUUCGGAUGUAAGGAAAGCAUCCGUUGAAAUGACAAUCGAUGCUGUCUUGCCUAAAUCUAAAGUGGAAGAGGCCAAAGAAAUUAUUUCGGAUGUUAGGAAAGCAUCCGUUGAAAUGACAAUCGAUGCUGACUUAACCAAACCUAAAGCGGAGGAAGCCAAAGAAAUCAUUUCGGAUGUAAGAAAAGCCUCUCUUGAAAUGACAAUCGAUGCUAAUUCGCUCACAUCCAAAGUGGAAGAGAUCAAAGAAAUUGUUGCUGAUGCAAAGAAGGCAUCCGUUGAAACGGCAUCAAAAUCCGAGGCUGACUUGCACAAACCGCAAGUAGAGGAGAUCAAAGAAAUCAUCCAGGAUGUCAAAGAGGCGGUUGAAUCAAUGUCGAAAUCUGAAUCAGUGAUAGAAACCCAAGUACAGCAGGUCAAAGAAGUGUCCUUUGAAUCAUCAUCAAAAUCAGAAACCGAAGAGGAAGCCAAAGAAAUCAUCCCAGAUGUCAAAAAGACAGAAGAAUUAGCGCUAAAAUGCGAAUCGAUCUUACAAGAAACCCAAGUUCAACAGGUGAAAGAAAUGUCCUUGGUUACAGAUUGUGAUGCCCAUUCAGGUUUGUCGUCCAAAGUAGAGGAAGUCAAAGAAACUAUCGAAGAUGUUAAAAAGAUGUCAAGUGACUUAUUUGCAUCAAAAAAAGAAACUGUAGAAGAAGUCAAAGAAGUUAUUCACGAUGUCAAAGAGGCAUCAUCAUCUGCUGUUUCGAAAGUAGCUGAAGUCGCAGAAUCCUUGUCCAAAUUGGAAACUAAAGUGGAAGUGAAAGCCGUCACUCCUGAGCUAGAAGUCAUUCCACAGGCCGCAUCCCAACUCAAGUGCGAUCCACUGGCCAAUUUACCAGUAGUCGCACUAGUUGAGACUUCCAAGAAUGUCAUCGAAGAAGUGAAACCGAAGAGCGCUGAUUUGGCUAAAUUAGAUGUCGUUGACAAGACGGAGCAAUUGAAACCGGAGACUAUUGAUUGCUCAAAUGUGUCUUGCUCAUCGUCGACUUCCGUCACCCCCAAAACGCCACUCUCGCCCAAUAUUGCCCGCCGAGAAGUCGCCGUUGAAUCAACGGUGAUCCCAGCAGCUGCUAAUUUGGAAUCCUUCGCGGCACCACCACCUACUCGAUUCGGAGACGACGUUAGAGACGGGAGUCAGCCAUCCAGUUUGGAUUCGAUGGAAGUCCAUUCCAAUUCUUCCACUUCUUUGGCUGGAGCCGAGAAACAACACGAAGAGGAUGAAGAUGAAGAUGUUGCAGCGACCUCACUGACGCCGACCAUCAACUACUUGGCAGCUGGAUACGAAGGUGUCAGCAUCAGCACUGCGAGCAAAUUAUCAACCAUAGCGUCGUCGGAUGGCGAAACUGAUGGAGCUCAACCUCCCAGUUUGGACAGCAACUGGUCAUCCAAGACGUUUGACAAAUUGACAUUGGCUGCUGAAUCCGGCGCUCGUCAUCAACCGGAAGAAUCGGCCUUCUCAAGCGGUCCUUCCAGCUGGGACGACAGAGAACCUGGUGCCCGACCUUACUAUGUCGUAUCUGAAUCGAUCAGUGACCGUUCGGCCACCAGCUCCAUCAUCUCCCAUGCUACCGACGACGAUUAUCCAGCUGAAAAGUUGGAUCGGCCGUCUUUGGUCAGCCACGUCGAACCUCGCAGCGCCACUGGCGAACUGAAUAUAAAAAAAGAAUUGGAUGUGGCGCCCGUCAGUCCUGUACCGUCCUCUCCAUUCAGCACCGAUCGCUGUAGCAGCCACGGUGACUUUGAAGCCAACAAAGAUUCUCUGUCCAGUAUCCAGACCUCGGAAUCGUCAGACUUUCACUUGGAAACCAAAGUGGAUGACUCGGCGUCCGCCAUCUCCAGCACCCGUUCAGACUAUUCCGAUGACCGAUCCGGCAGCAGCGUUGAUCCAACCCUUUUGCAACAGCAGCGGCUCGAGCAGCGAUCCCUGACGCCCCGUAGCGAUAUCAGCUGUUCGUCAGAGACAACUGACCCCGUUACGACAGCCAACACGACCCAACUGAUCCAACCGGGCCAGCAACAGACUCCAGUGGAUCUCAAAGCCAAUAGCAAAGCCGAGUUAGCCGAUCCUAAAUUGGCGCCGCACAACAUUUGGCUUAAAGAAAAGGACACAGCGUCGUCUCCGAAUCCAUUCACCGAUCAAUAUGUCGAUGACGAUACCGACCAUUCCGAACCGCUAGCCUCUUCCACGCUCUACUAUCAGCAACAGCAACAACCGCCAGUACAACAACAUCACCAACAACACCUGUCGGAUUUCGAGUCUGAUCGCCAUUCAGAUUCGCAAUCGUCGUCCGUUCCAGUUGCCGAGUACACGGACGAGUACUACGCUCAGCAUUUGGAUUAUGUUGAAACGACCCAGAAAUCUUCCCAUCCGCAUCCAGACGAGGCCUCAGAUCAGGAAGCGUAUCUGUACGAAUCGGAACACGACGAUCAAGACCACCAUUACCAUCCCUACGCGACCAAGUACAGCGACUCGUACGACGAGGCUGAUCUCUAUCCGACGGAGGAGGCCAUCAACGACGACUACCGUCACAUUGGAGAUCACCAAAAUGGCAACUCUUAUCACUACUACGAAAGCGGUGAGAGCGCCACGACCGAGGAGGUCGUCGGCAAUUUGCACGGCCAGUACGAGGACCUGAACCGCAACGACCGCACGCCGACAAGAGACGUGCAGCAUCCCUACGUGGCUCCUGAUGUUUACGAAUCCGAGCCCGCAGUUAUCAGUCCGACCAGCAGACAAUUGGACGUCACGACAGCUGCGACCACAUCUUCUUCGCGUGAUGAACGAGUGUUGCCACAAACGUCACCUCUUCCCAGUCCACAGCCUCAUCCGCUUUCGCAACAGCUUUCACCACAGCAGCAACAACAGCAACAACACGAAGACACAUUGGCUUCGUGGGGCAAGCCAUUGGGUUUACCAGCCCCUGUAGCUCCUGGUGUCGUCUUUUCCAGUAACGGCAGCAACGGUUCCCCGCUCAAGCGCCCAGCUACUGCAACCAACAACGGGCACAAAGCUUCCGACAAAGCCGCCAACGGCGCCAACAACGCUGCCAGCGCCCCAUUCUACGUCGAUUUGGCGUACAUCCCGCAUCACAGCGAUCCUCGAUAUUCGGACGUGGACUUCUUCAAGCGCAUCCGGGCUCGACACUACGUACUGAGUACUCUAGAGCCGUCCGCUCAAGUUCUUGACGCUCUUUUGGAGGGCAAACAAUCCUGGACUGGCGACGACAAAGAUUUAGACGUCACCAUCAUUCCCACCUACGACUCGGACGCACUGGCUACCUGGGUCAGCGCCAACGAGGAUCUACUUGCCCGCAAUCGCAUUGAUUUGGCACCAUCAGCCUCCCGCUGCACGAUCAAUUUACAAGAUCACGAGACUUCUUGCUCGGCCUAUCGGCUGGAAUUUUAAGACGUCCGACUACUAUAAUUCCUCCCUCUUGUUUUCCUGUUGAGAUGUGAGAAAGGCUCCACCCUGCGUUUCCGUGCGUCGGAGAGUGAUUGAAUUGAAAAAGAAGAAACGAACAAAAAGAAAAAUCCCCCCCUCCCAAAAAAAAAAAAAUAUUUGAAAGAAAUCCUGACGAGGUAGACUUUCCUUCCACUUUACUUAUGUAGUGAGCCGAACAAAAAAACAAGAAAACUUUCAUCUUAAUUUAUAUUUAUACUUUUCGGCAUUUCUCGAUAACCAUUGCGCCCUCUUUCAUAGAGCAGCAGCCUCCUCCGAUUAUUGCUGUGAUUUUUUUCUCGAGUUUAGAUAUUUGCCUGCUUCUUGUAUCACUCUCAAGAAACCUUAUUAAGUAGCUAUUAGGCUUGUUAUUUGAAUUGCAAUCCAUUUUUCUCCCCUUUUCUUAUUAUAUUUUCGGAAAAGUGGACACGAGAAGAAAGGAAAAUGUUUGUCGAGGCCAAUGUACGGGUAAAAUAUCAUCAGAGCUAAGCGCAAGCGGGACGACCGUCAACGUGGCGCCCCCAACUUGUGAGGACUUCCGGAAUUUAGUGAAAGAAGCGCAUCGCUUUGAUUUUUCAUUUCAAGGAUGAACAGGGAAUACUGAACGAAAUCAAAGGAACAUUUCUUCCUCGACAUUUUCUUUUGUGCAGCAGCAGCAGCAAUUCAUUAUUUUUUAUUCUAUUUCAUUUGCUCAUUCUUCUUUCAUUCAAACGCUUACAGAAUUCAAAGUGCUAUCCACAUUUGCCCAGGACGUCCGAACGAUACGGAAUAACUAUGGCGGGGAUUUCGAUUUAAACCACAUUAGAAACUCCCCUUCUAAAGUCGAUUGAUAUUCGCAAAAUUAAUGUGAUAUGAGCGAAGGCGAAAAUGAAGAGACACAGGAGCUGAAGAAACGGAUCGGAAUUACCGAUUACCCUCCCAUAUCUGGCGAUCAGUAACAAUCACACAAGAGCACAGCAUUUGUCGGGGAUUCCUUCUGUAUCACCCCAUUUCCCCACUUCCUUUUUAAUUUCAAAAACAAACAAAAAAAAAGAAUUAAAAAAUCCUUGACAAACAGGGCGAGAAUUGCAGCCUCCGAUGUGAUAAAACUUAAGAAAAAUUAAAAGCUCAUCUAGUGAUGGAAGUAGCUGCGAAUUUGAUGCCGACACCGAAAGCCAACGCCCCGAUUCCUGGCAAUAUGCGUAGAUAUGUGCAAGGAAUGAUUUAAUUUUCACUUAUGAUUUCCAAGUGGCUGAAACGACACACACAUAGAAAGAAAAGAGAGACAGAGAGAGAGAGAGUCAAGUGCGGCGAGAAAUGUGAGACACCCAAGUGCAGCUUUUUCGUGAUUCAUGCGUGCGAUAUGGACAAAAUGUUCACGAACUUAAAACCAACCCGAACCGAGAGAAAAAAAAGACGAGACCCUUUUCAAGCGAGAAACGUUCCCCUCCACCCACACAUCCCUCACCGAAUCUUCUACAUCCCGACAGAAAACCAACAAGCAAAAGAAACUCGAAUAUAAUAGUCUUCAGUGUUUUGUGAGUAACUUCUUGCAGUGCUUUGAAGCUUUUAGAUAAUCAUCGAUAUGAUUAGAUACACUAUAUUAUAAUACAGUAUAAUUCAACUUUCAAGCUUACCCAUAUAUAUCCCCUCCCUCUACCACAAAAGUCACAACACUGUCGAAUCUGUUCCCACGUGGAUCGGCCCUAUGGCGUCUGAACACCAAAAGUCCAAUCCGGGCCGAUCCUGACACACCAUUUUUCCCGUCUCUUUACCCGUCUAUCUCUUAUAUAUCUUCACUCGUGCACCAUCUCAGCUUUUGUGCUUUCGACAUUCCCAUUAUAUAAUCCCGCGAGGCACACGUUCACCGUGCAUCCUGACAGGUGUCUACUUAUCUUUCCUUUAUUUCCGUUUCGAGUAGCUUUCCUCCCCCAUUUAACUAAUUAUGUAUCUUCUCGUGCAAUUAGAUCCGUUUCUCUGUUCGGUUGGUAUUACAUCUGUUUUGUUGCCUGUACAUGAUUUUCGUAUUCAGUAAAUUUUGUAAGGCGCAAUCCACUCGAAGGAAAACCAGGUUGCGUUCGGUAGCCUCUGAUAUACCCUCUCUCCUCCCUACACACAUACACACGAUGAAUCUUAAUUCUUUUUCCACCUAUUUCAAUAUGAUUUUAUUCUGCCCUCAAUUUAUUUUGCGUGUGCUGUUGCCGAUGCUAAUAUCCCUACAGCAUUUACAUACAUACGAAGCUGAGUCGGACUCUUUUAAUGGUCUCUGAAAAUGACCUAGUCAAACAGAGUUCCGCAUUCCGUUCAACUUCUUUCCCUUCUAUAUAUUCCUUCUGUGUACUGAGCUGUAUACCUAGGAGCUGUAUACCUAGCAUCCGUGUAACGCCACUCUUCAAUACAUACCAUAUGGUGAAUAUUAAACAAAA